UUCAAGAUGGCGGCCUACAUUGAACUACAACUGUAAACUUCAAAAAUAUCUAAUUUUUUCCAGUAAUAACACWUAAAAACACUAUGUCAGGAGUCAGUAGAAAAGAGCUUGAUGAGCUCAAGGUGUGGAUCGGAGAAAGCGUCAAGAAACGUCUYGGUUUUAACGAGAAAUCCGUUGUCAAAGCAGCUUUAGAUUGUGUUUCUAAAAACUUAGACAAACGAUCAUCCAUCGAGCAACUGGCUACAUUUCUAGACGAUCUUGCGCCACAGUUUGUCGAAGAUUUGUUUAACAGAGUGACUCAGAUUAAAACGAACAAGUUAUUGAGUUCGCAUAAGAGUUCUAGCUCGCGGAAGAGGACUUUAGAAGAUGUGUUUGGUGAUGAUACUGACGAAUCUUCGACUACGGCUGUGAAGUCUUCAAAACGAAAACARAGUAGAUUUGAUGCUCUAAAGGAGGAUAAUGAGCCGCUUCCACCAGCCAUUCCYGAGCCGAUGGAUGGACCAGCACACUUGAAUAGCAGUCAGAUAUCAGAGAUGGUGGCRAACAUGAAGAAACAGAUAGAAGAACGAAAGAGACAACUGCAGGUGACGGGUCAAGCAAGAGGUAUAAUACCAUCUGCUGCUCCAGUAAUACCUCAGUCAUUACCAACAUUACCCCACACAACGCCCAGCCUAGAACAACAGCAACAAUUAAUGAAUGACGCUAUUGAAAAAGCAAAAAGAGCUGCUGAGCUGCAGAAAAAGAUCCAAGAACAACUGGCUAGCAAACCUAACUUGUUUGCAAACUCACAACUCACCCAUGCAGGAGCAUCACUUGUCAAGUCUGGUAUGGUCAACUUAACGUCAGUCAAAGAUGAGAAACCAAGCCCACUUAUACUUGACGAUAAAGGAAGAACAGUAGAUGAGCAUGGUAAGGCUGUGCAGCUGAGCAGUAGGAUGCCUACCUUGAAGGCAAAUAUCAGAGCCAAGAAGAGAGAGCAGUUUAAAGUCGAGAAGCCAAGUGAGGACUUAACAGAAAGGUCUUUUUUUGAUUCAAGAGUGGCUGUACCAAAUGCUGUACGAGCCAAGAGGACAUUCAAAUUUCAUGACAAAGGAAAAUUCCAAGAAAUUGCUCAAAGAAUUAGAGCAAAGACACAGUUAGAAAAACUUCAAAAGCAAAUUGCAGCAGUGGCAAAAAAGACAGGAAUUUCUUCAGCGACAAAGCUUGCCAUGAUUGCCCCAACCAAAGACAUACAAGAGGGACAUGUUCCAGAUAUUGAGUGGUGGGAUCGGGUUAUUGUCCAACAAGGAAGGUACGAGGAUGUCAGUAAUGCUGAGCAACUUCAAGGGAUUACAGCACUGAUAGAACAUCCCAAACAGAAGCAUCCACCAGCUGAGCCUAAAGAAGCUUUAGUUAUUCCRAUCAUGCUGACGAAAAAGGAGCGGAAGAAAAUAAGAACCCAAAGAAGAAGAGAAGUUGAAAAAGAAAAAACAGAAAAGAUAAGACUUGGUCUAGAACCACCCCCACCCCCAAAAGUAAAGAUCUCCAACUUAAUGAGGGUACUUGGUAGUGAAGCUGUACAAGAUCCUACGAAAGUUGAGGCUCAUGUACGAGCACAGAUGGCACAGAGGCAAAAAGCCCAUGAAGCUGCUAAUGCUGCUCGUAAGUUGACACCAGAGGCAAGACGUGAAAAAAAUAUCAAAAAGUUAAAAGAAGACACAUCUCUGGGAGUCCAUGUAGCUGUAUUUAGAGUAAAUGACCUGCACAGUCAACAGAAGAAAUACAAAGUGGAUAUCAAUGCUCAGCAAUAUUAUCUGAAAGGUUGUGUUGUGUUAUACAGAGARCUAAAUUUGGUCAUUGCUGAAGGAGGACCAAAGGCCAUUAAGAAAUACAAACGGUUGAUGCUACACCGCAUCAAAUGGGCUGAGGAGAAGAAGAAGAAGCGUGAGGAUGAUGACGAAGAAAAAAAAGUUAACGCUUGUGUCCUUGUGUGGGAGGGAACAAACAAGGAGCACAGCUUCAAUGACUGGAAAUUUAAACAGUGUCCAACAGAAGCUAUUGCAAGGGAACACUUGAAAAAAUAUGGUGUUGAACAUUACUGGGAUCUGGCAMGAAGAGAAUCGUUACUGGAAGGCACUGAGGAAACAUAGGCAGACACAUGAAAGCCAUUCUCUUACCAGCUGCAUAUAAACAUUACUUAAGCUACUCUGGAUACUGUAGCUAAUGAUAUAGAUCUUUUGACUUGAAGGCAUGAUAUGUUAAACUUUAUCUUGUGCUUGUAAAAGUCGAGUGCAAAAGUACCUCCUUAUUAAGAGUUCAUGUUCAAUCUUUUUUAACUGAUUUUCAAAAAAAGUAGACAGAGUUUUGUGGCAAUAAAYGAAAUGUAAGCUACUUCUAGAAAGYAUAURASGGCAAAAGAAUACCAUGACAAAAUGAAUUAGGAGUAAUAGGAGCUACAAAUUAAACACCCUUUCCAUUAA